CUUAACAACAACAAAUAUUUGAAUUAAGCGUGUAUGAUGGAGACAGCUUGUUCACACUCCGAAUUGGAUUAUCGAAUAAAACAAUGGGAGAAAAAAUUGAGAGAUUUAUCGUUAGAAAUUGUAAAAUCUGGCAAUAAAAAAAUCCCUUGUCUGUUAUUGCAAGUUAAAAGUUAUUUGGAUGAUGAACAACUCCAUACGAAAGAAUAUCCAGCCAUUAAGAAGUUACUAUGGAAAUAUAAAUUCUUCCAGGCAAUCCUUGUAUUUCUAAAACGAGAUUACAGGGUUGAUGGAGGAUGGACAACAGCAGCAAAACUUUCGAAACUUCUCAGUCAAAUAUGCACUGGUGUUGACUUUGCUGACUCAGUGGAAUUCAAGGAUGACUGUCUUCCAACUGCAGACAGAAAUAUGCUUAUGUUGGCAGUGAGAAUACACGAUGAUCUGAUGGAGAGCUCUUUAAAUGCAAGAGAUGUUCUUAUCAAUGACUUCAGGACAGUAUCAGAUGCACUGAUCUAUCUGACAAGUGGUUACGCUUUCUUAGUUAAACCAGUUCUAACGGAUGAAAAUUUGCUGAAGCUGCUGAUGACUGAUGAUGUUGUUAUUGGAACAGAAAUCAUCAAUUUAAUUCGUACCAUAUUGCGCCUAAAUUGGCAUGUACUCAAGCAAUUGGAUAGCAAAAUUAUCCAUACUUUUCUUGAUGAAAUCAUAUACAAACUGUCAGUUUACACAGAACCUAAAAUUCAAAUAGCUUCCUGCAACUGUAUUUUAGAAUUCUGUGAACAUUAUCCUGCUCUUAUAGAUUUGUUGUGCACAAAAUACAAAGGUCUACGCAUAAUUCUCAUGAAGCAGGCUGAAAAAAUCCAUUGCAGAGAACUGAAGCCUCUUCUGGUAUUACUAAAUGCUGGUUCUUCUGAACGAGUCCAAAAGCAGAAACAUCAUCAGGCAGUUGAAAAGAUUCAGAGUGCUUGGAGAGGAUAUAUAACCCGGAAAAAACUGAAGAAAGCAAAUGAAGCAAUAAGCAAGCUUCAAAAAUGUUAUUUAUCACGCAAAGAAACCAGAGAGAAAGAACAAGAGAAUCUACGAGAAUUAUCUCAGAAGAAUGAACAAAUGCAAUCUUUCCAAUUGCUCAAAAUGCGUUCAUUUCGAGAAAAGCAAUUGCAAAAGAUGGAACUAACUCCAGCCUAUCAAAUCCUUAAAUAUCAAGCUGAAGAAAUGGAGAAUGCAGCUAUUUGUAUACAGAAGAAUUGGAGAGGCUAUCGAAUUAGAUGUCAGCAGAGUAAAUUUCAUACUGAAUAUAAACAGCGUAGAGCAGCUAUUAUAAUCCAGAGAGCAGUAAGGAGAUGGCUUAAAAGGACCAAGUCAAAUAUAUCUCUUAUCCCAACCAAAUUGAAACCACAAACACUUACUGAAGAACGAAGAACAGUAGUACAGCAGCAAAUAACUGACUGGAGAGAGAUUCAUUCAAAAAAACUGGGUUCCUUUGAAGAGCAGAAACGUCUUCAUCAGAAAGCUAGUGAGCUUCUGCAGCAGUUCUACAACAGCCUACAAGCAUCCCGGAAACGAUUACUACACAAUAAAGCUUUGCUUGCUAGACUAGAUGUAGAUUCAGAGUCUUUAAUCAAUGCACCAAAACUUGAAUCAGUAACAGAAAAAGAUAUUGACAUUUACUCCAGUCCUUCGCUGCCUAUAUCAACAAAGGCUAAAAUUGCACAUAAAAAGGCACUGAAAAAAAUAGCUGCACCUUGGUGGCAGAAAUUGGAAGAUUCUGAUGAAGAAGAGGAUAUUGCACUAAAUGACACCUCUGACUGUGAAGUACAAAACUUGUAGAAACAAGUUGAAAAGUAAAUGUUUGGUUCCAUAAACAGUUACAUCCUGCUGUCAGUUUCCCAGUUCUUAUAGGAAAGACUAGCUUUGGAUGGUACAUAAGCUAUCAUACUCUAAAUUUCCUAUUCCACAAGAGAGGGAAACGUGCAUAAUCUACUAUAGACCUGAAACAGAAAGCUAAAAUUGAAGACUCGCAAUAUGUCAAGUGAAUUCAAGUCCGAAUGAGGAGCUGUUUCAGACAUUUUGAAAUGACAUUUCAUUAGUUGUCACAUACUCUACCUUGUAGACUUUAUUGUGAAAGACAAUAAAGCGAUACAAAUUUUAUACAUCACAACCUUAAUAUAUUCAUUGCUCAUUUGGACAGACAUUUAAAUAUAUUAAAAAUAUAUUUAAGCACAUAUGAAAGAAAUAACUGUACCAGUGGACUACUGAAAAAUAAAAGGUGAGAAGCAA